AUGGAUGACGUCCUUGGUGAUACCAAGGAGAAUGAUAUCAUUCUUGAUAAUGGGUUAUUUGAUUCCAGACACAACUUUCUGAGCUUUUGCCAAAGGAACAGGUUUCAGUUUGACUCACUGCGCAGAGCCAAGUAUUCCUCAAUGAUGAUCCUCUACCUUGUGAAGAAUCCUACUCUUCUGACUGUUGGAACAACAUGCCGCGUUUGCUCUAAAAACAAUGUGUCCCAGCGCUACUGGAAAUGUGAGAAUUGCCCUGAAUUCACUGUCUGUUCUGAAUGCUACAACGAGAGAGGUGCUAAUUGCCAUGCACACACGUUGAAUGAAGCUUAUUCACCAGCACAAUCUCCUUCAGGGAAUCAAGAAUUGCAGCAGAACUCAGCAAUGUUGCAGCAACUUCUGGAUGUUAUUGAACAUGCAUCUCUGUGUCACUCAAUCAAAACUCAACCAUGCACUUACCCACAUUGCCGUCAAAUUAAAAAGCUGUUCGCUCAUGCCAGUAGGUGCGAAAUUCGAUUUUCUGGGGGGUGCCAAUUUUGUAAGAAGGUUUGGCAAGGACUGACUUUACACUCAAAGAAUUGCAGAGACUCAGCAUGUCGCAUACCCCGUUGCAUGGAUCUGAAGAAACAAGUAGAAUGGAUAGCAACGCAAUCUGAAUCGCGGCUUAGGGCUGCAGUUUUGCAAUCGAAAGAUAGCAGAUAACAAUCUGUUCAAUGAAACCCUUUGUCCAUAUAUAUUGAGCAGGAUUAUCAGAAGCAACAAGCUAGUGUGUAUAGCUAGUUGAUAAUUUGUAAAGUUAUAAG